AUGGGAUCCGUCGCAAACGACACGCCGGCCAUGGCCACCAACCCCCAGUUCAUCUUCUUCACCGACUUCGACGGCACCGUCACCACCGCCGACUCCAACGACUACAUGACCGACAACCUGGGCUACGGCGCCGAGAAGCGCAAGCAGGGCAACGCCGACACGCUCUACGGCAGAGUCCACUUCCGCGACUCGUUCCGUGACAUGCUGGACAGCGUCACCACGCCCUUCAACGAGUGCGUCGACAUCCUGCUGGAGAACAUCAAGCUCGACCCUGGCUUCAGGGACUUUUACAACUGGGCCCAGGACAACAACGUGCCGAUUGUGAUUCUCAGCGGAGGCAUGGAGCCCGUCAUCAGGGCGCUGCUGGACAAGCUGCUGGGCAAGGGCUGGGACAUCCAGAUUGUGAGCAACUUUGUUCGAGCGAGAGAGGGCAAGAGCCUCAACGACAAGGGCGGCUGGGAGAUCAUCUUCCGCGAUGACAGCAUCCACGGCCACGACAAGUCGAUUGAGAUCCGAAAAUACUCCAGCCUGCCCAACAGACCAACCAUGUUCUACGCCGGUGACGGUGUCUCAGAUCUUUCUGCCGCCAAGGAGACGGAUCUGCUAUUCGCAAAGGCUGGAAAGGACCUGGUUACUUGGUGCGAAAACGAAAAGGUGCCCUUUGUUACAUUCAACGACUGGACGAGCAUCACCCAGACAGUCAAGGAUAUUGUUACUGGCAAGACUACCCUCCAGGAAGAGGCCAAGGGUCGCAUUUAA